AUGGGACGACUGAGAACGAUGAUCCAAGGGCUACGGAAUUGGCAUAAGUGUGGAUGCUUCUGUCUGGGGCCGUUGACUUUUCACACGGAGGCUGUGGGGAAGCUGGUGACGCUGAGCCAGAACGCUCGUCGCGCGUCCAGAGAUGUGUCGUCUCCCAGAGACGGUCUGGUGUUCAGCAACCGUCCUGUGGUCAAGCGAGAAAAAGUGUGUUUGCGUGUGGAGCGCUGUAUGAUGGCAUGGCACGGCGCCAUUCGUGUCGGAUUCACCAACGUGCCACCGGAAUCGGUAAAACUUUCCUCGCUGGACAGUCCUGAACUGACAGACCGACCUGGUAUCACAGCCGUGGCAGUGCCUGCAGAAACCUGCUUUCCCGGCUCAAAGAUCAAGUUCUGGAUCGAAAGCGAUGGACUCCUGACUAUCCGAGCAGCCAACGGACUGAAGCACAGAGCUCCGAGUGUAAACCUGGACCUCAACCGGCCAGUGUGGGCGAUGAUUGACAUUUAUGGACAGACUGCUACGGUGCUCUUAAAGGGUUCAAAGAAGAAAGAUCAGAUUUUAGGCGUUCGUAAAUCGUCGUGUCCUGUUCCUUACAUCCCCCCGAGCCCAUCCGAGAGGGGUUAUGUGGAUAAAACGAACAAGCCUCUGGAGUGUGGGGAAAACAUGAGCCACAGUCAUCUUCGAUACCCUGAAAACAGACCAAAUACAGAACUGUACAUAGAACAAAGCGCAGUGUAUGUUUGA